UUUUCCUGUUCUCAGACCUCAAAAAGAAUGCUCGCUGGAAAGAAAUUUAGCGCCAAUGAAGAAGUAAUCGCCGAAACUGAGGCCUAUUUUGAAGCGAAAGACAAAUCCUACUACAAAAAUGCGGUAACGAAAAGUUGGAAGAUCGCUGUAUCGCCUUCCAAGACAACUAUGUUGAAUAAUAAAAUUGAAUUUUGCCAAAAAAAAUUUGUUUUACUUUGGUAGACCGGGGACUUUUCAAUUGGCCUGUUAAUAGGUAUAUUUAAUUAAUUCACUGCUACCCGACUUCGGAAAGGUUAUAUUUAAUUUUGGUUUUGUCCAUCCAUGCAUGCUGCAGUUUUUCAGAGCGCGGGCGAAACUGCGGGCUUCAGCUAGUUUUAACUUCGUUCUCAACCCCCAUUAAUUUGUGUUCACAACCCUUACCACAAAAAAUUAGAAAAACACUGACGCGAAUUUGAGUCCGAAGCUUUUGAACACUCGUCCAUUCAUGCGUAAAUUGAACUCUUGGAAAACACAGGAACUCUAUAUGAGAUGUGAUUCUAAUCAAUUUACGGUAUAAGAUAUCGAAUGUAAAAUUCACCUUUUUUCUAAAUGCAACAUUUCUCAAUUCUUCAUUCAAAAACAAAGUUGUCAACCUUUAUAAUAUCUAAUUAUUUGCUUCAACUCCAGAACAAACAAAGAGCAAACAUCGCCUCUCGCUUCAGAGAUUAGGAUUAGUUGAAACAAAUCAUCUGAAAUUAAUCUUGGGACGGUAUUUCGGAGACGUAUCAUUUUUCCUAAUAACGUCUUACGAGUUUUCCAAUAAAGGAUUAUAUACGCCCAUGUUCUCCCCUCUCAGAAUUCCACCAAGAAUUUGCGGAAACAUGUUUCAGGUAUUUCUUUCAUUUGUAACUGUAUCGAAUGAAAAUGCAUAUUUAUCCGGUGUUUAUUUUAAUUUUGAUGUGCAGUAAUAUACAAAAAAGUGAUGCGAUACAUAUAGCCGUUGAUAAAAUAUUGAAUUUACUCAAUAAAGUUCUUGAUUAUUCUCUGAAAAAUCCAAAUUCAAUUGGUUUAUCUAGUAUUUUUGGUAUAGUUCGAACAAAAGCGUUGUUAACAGAUGUUGUCUUUUCGAAUAAAGAAGAAAGUUCUCUUUUACAUCUUAUCAAGAAUAAAUGCGGAGAUAUUCUGAAAUUGAAAAUAAACAUUUUGAAACAAUAUGAUGAUUGGGUUAUGAAUAUAUCCGAUCCUUUUCUUUGGGACACCAAAAUAUCAUAUAAAUAUCUAGAGGAUAAAUGUUACUAUAUGGGCAAAAACCAAACCAAAAAAUUCCUCGGUGAAUUGAGAAAUGAAGCUGAAACAGCAUGUAUAACGCCAGAAGUUUUUGAAUUCUGCCUCAAUAAUUCAUAUCAGAUGAAAAAGUUCAAAACAAAUUCAGCUUGCAGUUAUUUGUUUUUAACCAAUUAUGAGGGAAUAGGAUAUGAAACAACGCACAGAUUACUAUUUUUACAAAUAAUGAGAAUGUGGCAACUUUAUCCAAAAUCCCAAAAAAUACAUAUUGAAUCUUUGUGUAGACAUAUUUAUCUGCAAGCUAAAGCAACUCGAGGAAGAACAUUUUUCUUUGAUCUUUUUCUGGAACAGAUAUUUUUAUGUGGCGUGGAAGGUUACAAGGAAUUUUUGAAUGUAAAAUGGCUUGAUAUGAUUCUGGAUAAUCAGUUGGAACAAGGUUGUUUUCCGGUUUUUACUAGAGGAACUAACUUGAAUUCUUCAGUUCACGAUGAGGAAUGUUCAGAUCAUGCAACAGGUUUAGCAUCAGCAGUAUUAGCAUUACACAUUCAUUUCAAAUGGAAAAAUGAAUCAGUUAAGUGAUAAUCCAAAGGCAUUAUAAGGAAUAAUAAUAUAGUAAUUCAAAUACAAUAUUUAUAAUUCCUGUUUAAAAAGGCAGAUGUACUCAGUUUCAAUUUAAUGAAUUGUAAUAUAAUUGAUUUUGGUUUACAAGACCUAAUUACAUUCACAUGUUAUUUUAUA